AUGGUAUCAAAAGAAGAAGUAGCAAAGCAUUGUACAAGAGGUGAUUGUUGGGUCAUUAUCAAUGGAAAGGUAUAUGAUGUAAGUCAUUUCCAUUCACUUCACCCUGGAGAAGGUAUCAAUGGACAAUAUAUUGCUGAUCACGCUGGAAAGGAUUGUUCAGAUUUGUUUGAAAAGUUUCAUCAAUCAGACGAUCCAUUUGAAAUGUUAGAAAAGAGUGAAGAUGGUAAAGAACCAGGAAUUGUAUAUAUUGGAGAAUUAGACGAAUAA